AUGUCCUGCUACACCCUGUGCUGGCCAUGCCGGCCCUGUGGCCCCACCCCGCUGGCCAAGAGCUGCCAUGAGCCCUGUGUCAGGCAGUGCCAGGACUCCACCGUCGUCAUUGAGCCCUCCCCUGUGGUGGUGACCCUGCCCGGCCCCAUCCUCAGCUCCUUCCCACAGAACACCGUGGUGGGAUCCUCCACCUCAGCUGCUGUUGGCAGCAUCCUCAGCUGUGACCGAGUGCCCAUCAGCUCUGGGGGCUGUGACCCCUCUGGCAUUUCCAGGUGCUACAAUGGCAGAAGGUCCCUCCCCUGA